CUCCUGUGGCGAACGUUUGCCAGACAUGCCUAUAAAAAGGGAGCAUGACAGCACGGGUACUGCACACAAGACCGAGCUCAGCAAAACGGAAAUGGGUGUGGAUCAAGAGGUGGAGGUGGUGGAAUCGUGCAUGGUGAAGCCGAGCGAAGAGACGCCUAGCCAUGGUCUCUGGCUCUCCCUACUCGAUCUCACAAUGGUGAAUAGAGGCCACACGCCGACCGUAUACUUCUACAGUUCCGACUCCGGCGCCGUCGAUAACUUCUUCGACGUGGCCAGGUUGAAGGCGGCGAUGGCCAAGGCUCUCGUGGCCUUCUACCCUCUCGCCGGCCGUCUCAGCGUGGAUGGCGACGGCCGGCCAGAGAUCGACUGCGCCGGCCAGGGCGCGCUAUUCGUUGUCGCUCGUUCAGACCUCACCGUCGACGGCUUCGUUGACUUCCAGCCGUCGCCGGAACUAAGGAGGCUCUUUGUUCCCCGCGUUGAGGAGUCGCCUUCCAUCAUGUGCGCCAUCCAGGUGACCUUCAUGGGAUGCGGCGGGGUGGCCUUGGGGACGGCGCUGCACCACGCGGCCAUCGACGCCGUAAGCGCUUUCCACUUCUUCCAGACGUGGUCCGCCUUCUCCAGGGACGGCGACGCGGCGGCGACGGCGCUGGAGCUCCCAUGCCACGACUGCACCCUCCUCCGCGCACGCUCCCCACCCGUCGUCCACCCCGACGCUCUCACCGUGUUCUGUCCGAAGCUACUGAGCCUAGCAGUAGCCGAGCCGUCGGGGCUCGUGGUCAACCAGAUCUUCGUCCUCUCCAAGGACCAGGUCGCCGCUCUCAAGCGUGCCUGCACUGGCAGCGGUGACAUCGGCCGGGUGAGCACGUUCUGCGCCGUGAGCGCCCACGUGUGGAGGUCCUUCUGCACCGCCCGCCGGCUGCCGACGGACGCCACGACGCGCCUCACCUUCCCGGCCAACAUUCGGGGCGCCCUGAGGCCGCCGCUCCCGGCCCGCUACUUCGGGAACGGGAUCAUCGUCCUGGGCGCUGCUGGCAAGGUGCGGGACAUUGAAUCGGAGGAGCUGGGCUCCGUUGCCCGCCGGAUCAAUGGCGCGGUCCGCAGGAUGGAUGACGAGCUUGUGCGCUCGGCGAUCGACUACUUGGAGAUAAACGGUAGCAAGCAGCCCCCCAGCAGCAUGCCGGAGACUGAGCUGAGGGUGGUCAGCUGGCUGGGCAUGCCGGUAUACGACGCGGAUUUCGGGUGGGGGAAGCCCCUCGUGAUGCACCGUGCUGUUCAGCAGCGCGCAGGAUUCGUCUACCUCAUGGACGGUGUCAGCGGGAGUGGCGGCGUGCGCAUCCUCGUGUCUAUGGAAGCUCCAAUUCUCAACGACUUCCAGCGCCUGCUAUAUGCCACCUUCGUCUAGUUCUAUGCUUUCAGAAGCCUCCGGUAUAACUAAUAUCGUAUGAUUCCUAUGCUUCCAAAGCCUUGCAAAAUGCCAACUUCUCGUUUUAUUUU